AUGUCUGCCGAAAGAGGCAAAGAUUUCGCCGAUGGAUCAUCGUCUGCCGGGUCCCCAGGCGAUGAUCAUCAGCAGCCAGCCACUCCGAGCCGGUAUGAGUCCCAGAAGAGAAGGGACUGGAACACUUUUGGUCAGUACUUGAAGAACCAAAGGCCUCCAGUCCCACUUUCUCAGUGCAAUUACAACCAUGUGUUGGAGUUUCUUAGGUAUCUGGAUCAGUUUGGGAAGACCAAAGUUCAUCUCCAGGGCUGCAUGUUUUAUGGGCAGCCUGAGCCUCCUGCUCCUUGCACAUGCCCUCUAAGGCAAGCUUGGGGCAGCCUUGAUGCACUCAUAGGGAGGCUGAGGGCUGCCUAUGAAGAAAAUGGAGGGUCCCCAGAAACCAACCCUUUUGCUAGUGGUGCAAUCAGGGUUUAUCUGAGGGAGGUGAGGGAGUGUCAAGCUAAGGCAAGAGGGAUCCCUUACAAGAAGAAGAAGAAGAAGCCAAGUCCAAGCAAGGGAGGAAAUGAUGAUGAAUCUAGCUCUACCAUGCACUUCUCUUGA